AGUCAAGAACUAAAGUCCAACCUCUGUUUAGUUUUGUUCCUUUUGUUUCUGUAUUGCAAAUUCUACACCUGAGUCAGCCUGGUGAAGGACAUCCUACACCCCCGUAUUGUCGUCUUUACCUAAUUUUAAAUCAGAAAGAUGAGAAGUCAUAUAAAUGUUAACUCCUCAACGCGAGAAUGGUGCAAACCAGGAGCAACGUUCCCACCACCAGCCACGUCGGCGGCGAGGAGGUCGCUCCGGGCAGCGGCAACGGCACGGGUGGCAUCGCUUCGACUCCGGACGCAGUCCAAGCGCUGUUCGGGUUGGGGGUGACCACGGAGCAACUCCAGGCGGCCGUUGCGGCACUUUCCGCCAUGGGCGGGAACGGAAAGAAGACGCGGAGGAGCAGGAGGAGGCCCGGAAAGGGCCCGCUGAUCGAGGAGGUGUUGGUGGAGGACGUCCCAGAAGGGGAGGACGAUGAGUCCAGUGAGUGUAGAAUCUCGGCCUUCAAACGCUUGGGAGGCGAGGAUACCCGAGUGUCGGCAUUCGACCGACUCAACCGCGGACCGGAAGGCCGUCUAGGUGAUCUUCGCCGGCAGAUCUCUGAGGGUAGGCGGAGGAACGGUGAGGAAUCAGCGACCUCGGAUGCGCGGUCGGCGAGACCUGAGCGAACCGAAGGCCGAAGGGACGAGCGAACUGAGCGUCGCCAGAGCCCAUCCAGAACCGAGAGGACUAAGGUCCCUGAACGGGGUAUGACUGAGCUUGCGCGCGAGAUUGCCGAGCUCAAACGCCGAGUAGAGACAAAGUCCCCCUACAACCAGCCCAUCUUGCGCACGGUAACCCCGUUUACACCGAGGGUGAUGUUAGUCCCGCUGCCGACAAACUUCCGUCCGUGGCAGAUCAAGGCUUACAGCGGGGCGACGGACCCCCAGGAUCAUUUGUCAAAGUUCUACGCUUCAAUGGAGGCGGCGGCAGCCCCAGACGAGGUCAAGUGCAGGUGCUUCCUCGCGACGCUAGAGGGGUCCGCGUGCGAUUGGUUCAACCGGCUCCCAAAGGGAACCAUUGACGAUUGGGAUAUGCAGGCGGAGAAGGAUCUUCCGAACACGCCGAGUCCCCACUGGGAUGCCUUGGUCGUAAAGAUAGAGAUCAACGACGCCAUAGACUUGAGGCCUGUGCGCACUCCUCUCUCCGGAUUCACGGGGGACUCCAUCGAGGCCGAGGGAGUUAUCGCCGUAUCCGUGAUAGUAGGGGAUGGUGUGCACAAGGCGAAGCUGAAGAUGGAGUUUAUGGUUGUGAGCAUCAAUUGUGCGCACAACAUGAUCCUGGGGCGGCCCGACCUUGAGGACUUGGAAUGUGUGAUCUCCCCGUACUACUUGUGCAUGAAGUUCCCCACUCCGUCCGGCAUCGGGGUGGCAAGGGGAGACCAAAAGUUGGCCCGGUCGUGCUACGUAAGAAUCACGAAGAAGUUGCCGAGGGAUGAGACAAUGGUCGUACACGCACAAGAGGGAAUGCGCAAACUGGAAGCUCGACCUUCGGCCGAGCCCGCCGAGGAAGUCGAGGAAGUGCCGCUCGACCCACAAGUGCCCGAGCGGAAGGUUAAGGUCGGGGCGACCUUGACGACGAGCCAGCGGAUGCGCUUGGUGGAAGUGCUCGCCGCCUACCGCGUGAUCUUCGCAUGGGGACCUGGGGAUAUGCCGGGGGUGGACCCCAAGAUCAUAUGUCACCGGUUGGUGGUCAACCCGGAAUCUAGGCCGGUAAAGCAGAAGAAGCGUUUCCUCUCAUCCGAGCGGAGGGAGUUCGUCUCCAAGGAAGCAUCAAAUAAUGAAGCGGAAUAUGAAGCGCUCUUGUGCGGGCUACGCCUAGCAGCCGGGAUGAACGCAACAAAGCUAAGGGUAAAGUGUGAUUCAAAGCUGGUGGUUGGCCACGUCUCGGGAGACUUCGAGGCGAAGGACGAAAGAAUGAAGAAGUACAGAGACACCGCUCUAGAGUUACUUAAGAGUUUCACCGCGUAUAGUGUGGAGCAGAUCCCUCGGGCGGAGAAUGCCGAGGCGGAUAUCUUGUCGAAGCUGAGCUCAGACACGCCCGAGCACAUCAGGCGGAUGGCGAACGUGGAGGAGUUGUCCGAGCCGAGCAUCCAUGCCUUCCCCGUGGCGAUGAUCUGUGUUCGGCCAAGAGAUUGGAUGGACGACAUAGUUGCCUUCUUGAAGGAUGGCGCCCUCCCGGACGAUGCAAUAAAGGCCAAGUUGGUCCGGACUAGGGCACCUGGGUACACUUUGGAGGGCGAAAAGCUAUACAAGCGAGCAUACAACGGUACGCUGCUAUGGUGCCUCCGACCAGCUGAAGCGGAGCAAGUCAUGGAGGAGGUGCACGCGGGGAUCUGCUCCGCCCACCAAGGAGUCUACGCGGUGUCAAGGAAGAUAACCCUCCAAGGAUAUGUUUGGCCAACAAUUGUUAAGGACUGCGCGGAGUUUGUGAGAAAGUGCAAAGUGUGUCAAGAGUUCCAGAAGGUACCAGGGAGGCCUUCGACAAACUAUACCCCCAUCAGCACAGCUAUCCCGUUCGCGCGGUGGGGGGUGGACCUCGUGGGUGCGCUUCCUAGAGGUACCGGGAACGUGCGCUACGUCAUUGUAGCCAUUGACUACUUCACCAAGUGGGUGGAAGCGGCCCCAUUGGCAAGCAUCACCGGAGCUCAAUGCCAGAAGUUUCUCGCAAAGCAAGUCAUCUGCCGCUUCGGCGUUCCCGAGCACGUAAUCACAGACAAUGGAACACAAUUCGAGUCCAAGCCCUUUAANACAAACUAUACCCCCAUCAGCACAGCUAUCCCGUUCGCGCGGUGGGGGGUGGACCUCGUGGGUGCGCUUCCUAGAGGUACCGGGAACGUGCGCUACGUCAUUGUAGCCAUUGACUACUUCACCAAGUGGGUGGAAGCGGCCCCAUUGGCAAGCAUCACCGGAGCUCAAUGCCAGAAGUUUCUCGCAAAGCAAGUCAUCUGCCGCUUCGGCGUUCCCGAGCACGUAAUCACAGACAAUGGAACACAAUUCGAGUCCAAGCCCUUUAACGACUUCCUUGGGAGCUGGGGAAUCAAGCACAGCUAUGCGUCGGUCGGGUACCAACAAACGAACGGCCAGGUCGAGAAUGCCAACCGAACGAUAGUCGACGGGCUGAAGCGGAAGUUGGAGGCCUGCGGAGGGGAGUGGGAAGAGGAGUUGCCGUACAUCCUAUGGACCUACCGGACCACGCCUAGAAGGGCGACCGGAGAAACCCCCUUCGCCUUAUGCUACGGGUUCGAGGCAAGGGCCCCUGCAGAGAUCUCCAUCGCGACUCACCGGGAGGAGAUCUUCGACCCCGAGCGUAACGACGAAGCCCUGGCAGCCGAGCUCCAUCUCGUGCACGAGAGACGAGAAGCGGCCUUCAUACGAGCGGAGAAUUACCGAAGGAAGGUAAAGAGCUACCAUGACGGGCGUGUGCGCGCACGGGGGUUCACCGAAGGAGAGUGGGUGCUGUGCAAGAGGUCCGUGAGCCGCCCCCUGGAAGGUGGGAAAUUUGCCAAGAAUUACGAAGGCCCCUACAUCAUCAAAGAAGUGGUAGGCCCCUCAACAUUCCGCCUGCAGACGCCGAGUGGAGGGGAUGUGCCAAGGACUUGGAAUGCUGAGAACUUGGUUAAGAGAAGAGCUGAGCACAAGCCGUGUCCGGAUGCUCUUCCCGGACAAAGGCCUAACCUGCGUAUUCGGCACUACUCCUCAGUAGAAGAGCCGAGCGCAGACCAUGUCCGGAUGCUCUUCCCGGACGAAGGUCUAACCUUCGUGCUCGGCACUCCCACUCAGGAGAAGAGUCGAGCACAGGUCAUGUCCGGAUGCUCUUCCCGGAUAAAGACCUAACCUGUGUGUUCGGCGCUACCCCUCAAGGGAAGAGCCGAACGCAGACCAUGUCCGGAUGCUCUUCCCGGACGAAGGUCUAACCUUCGUGCUCGGCAUUCCCACUCAGGAGAAGAGCCGAGCACAGGUCAUGUCCGGAUGCUCUUCCCGGACAAAGGCCUAACCCG